AUGGCGUCUCCGUUGGUUAUAUCCUCUAAGGUGCAAGGUUUUCGGCAGAGCGGAAACGAUCCAGAGAAAAGGCCACUCGGGCGACACCGUUCACGUAGCAGAAACUCUUCGCCCACACGCUCGUUGACGCGCCAAGAAUCUGACCGAGAAACCUCGAAAAAUCGUGAGAGCAAAUACGACAAUUCCAAAAGCACCGGAAAGUUAAAACACUUCACUUCUAAUGCUCAGAAGAAGAGUGACUAUCCUAACUCUAACCGAAAUUUGUUAGCGAACAAGCAACUACGAGCCCCGCCUUCGCGCUACAAGGAGAACCUUACCGCCAGGCUGCGUCGUAUGUCGUCGGUGAACAACAGUGAUACCAGCUUAGGCUUAAUGGGCCCCCGGAAACCCUCUCCAGUCGUUAGCAGGAGGACCGCCUUGCCUUCGCGAGAAUCCUCGAGAACUCGUCAGAGCAAAGACAACUAUGCUAAAAUCGUCGGAAAUAUAUGGCCAAAACGCUUGCCGUCCAAUACUCACAAUAAGAUGGAUUUUAACCAUAGCGCAACCGGGACCCAAAUGCAGAAAAAAGGGACGAGUGAGCCGGGCCAAUGUGUACAACACUUUAUGUCUGAUACGUCCAACUCCAGCACCCAGCCCUCUAGCAUAUUUCUCGUUGGCAGGCCAAGGGAAUCCUCGAGAACUCGUGGGAGCAACUGUGCGGAUACCGUCGGAAAUAUAUGGUCAAAACACUUGCCGUCCAAUACUCACAAUAAGAAGUAUAAUUAUAGUGGUAAAGUCCUUCGUGCAUCCUCUAAGAGUAGAUGUGUAACGCCAAGGGGUCCGGAGGCAGUAGUGCAUGUCAUCUCUAUGGAUAGUCACAGAUCAAUUGGAACCAAAAUGCAGAAACAAGGGACAAGCGAGCUGAACGAACGUGGAGAAGACCUUACGCUGGAUGUGACCACCUCCAACCAGCCCUCUGGCAUAUUUCUCAUGGGCAAGCCGACACAAGAACAGAGUAAUGGAGCGACCGAGUUGAGCCAGCGUGCACAGGAACUCCUAUCGGAUGUCUCUAACCGGUCCUCGGGCACUACAGGUUUCAUGCGAGUCACGUGGAAGCCAUCAAGAAAUUGCUCCAACGAAGCCAAGAAGAUGGAAAAAAGAUCGGAAAAUUUUAAAACAAAUAUAUCGAGUGCUAGUGUCUGUAACACUUACGUUGUGGAUAAUUGCAAAUCAAACAAGUCUAAUGAGGGUUACGGUCAGCCAUUAGUCAAAACAACAGCAAAGAAAAUGAUCAUCAACCCGUACCCUACCCCUACACCCUCUACCCGAACCCAUAGCAUCGGAGGAGCAUCAUCGUGUAGCUCUACACGCUCAGGUUCACCAAAAAAAAGUUUCACGCCUUUAUCGGACAUCGAAAGCUCCUAUUUCAUAUUGAAAAAAAAACUUGAGCACGAACUCCAAUCUCAAGACAUCGACAGUAUUUCUCAGAAAACUGAAAGAAGAAAUAGAACAAGGGAAGCGAUAAACCAAGCCCGGAUCCGUUUUUUACGUCGAACUCAAGAGUUUGAAGAAGGAUGUAAGAUAAACGCCCAGAAACCGGCGCCAUUGCGUGAGGAUUUGAGAGAAAUGAUGAUACGUCAAUCAAAAAAGAAGUUCCAGAGCAAACAGUACCAGUGCCAGUCAAAAUUUGAAAAAAUUGAGGGUCUAAAUUGGAUCUCCUGGCCACAAUAAACAAUAUUUUGAAUAGUACUUCUGUAUUCCAUAAAUUUAUGUUGUAGUUACACAGUGGUGUCUAAGGUUAAAGUUUACAAGCAUAAAGUAUCAUUAAAACAUUGUAAAUAAAAAUAUUUUAUUUAGAACCUGAA